CAGAAUAUCAGAUACCGACAUAAGCCACAUGAAGCAGCGUCCCUUGUUCAACAUUACCGCGGACACUCACUAAAGAUAAUCCAGUGAUAGUGCAAAUGCACGCACCUUGAGCGCAGGGGUGACCACUACCGGAGGUGCAGAGUCUCUCACCGUGGCUUUGUGCAUGUCAGCUUGUGCGGCUCAGGAAUAUCUCUAUGCUGGUGUCGAGAAUGGCGGGCAAUGCUAUUGCGGAAACAAGAUAGCAAGCACGGCUACCUCCGCAGAUGCAACUACUUGUGAUACUGUGUGUAAUGGUAACGCGACCGAGUACUGCGGCGGGACCAACCGACUCAACCUCUACACUUCCCGACAAGCACCGGAAGGAUGGAACUCUCUCGGAUGCUAUGCCGACAAUGUCAGCGGCGGGAGAGCCCUGACAACCCAGGUCUAUCCUGGCGGGGCCUUCACUACCGAAUCUUGCCUGACGGCUUGCCGCACUGCCGGUUACAGACUCGCUGGAACUGAAUACGGCGGAGAGUGCUACUGCGGCAACUCGUUUAGCAAUGGCGGCGGUCCUGCGCCCGAUGGCAACAGUGGCUGCAACAUGCCUUGUAAUGGCAAUGCUCAGGAAAUGUGCGGAGGUCCAAACCGACUUAAUGCUUAUCAGUAUGGUGAGGACGGGUCAACCACCAUUUCGCCUUCUGGCACACCUACCACAGUAUCAAGUGUUGCUACUUCUACGACAACCGCGAGGGCUGAAAUUCCUACUGGCUGGUCCUACAAAGGCUGUUGGAUAGACGGUGCCAACGGCCGAAUCAUGAGCAACGGUCAGCCCGACAACAACAAACUCACCAUCGAGUCAUGCAUAGCAACAUGCAGCAAACUUGGCUACGGUGUUGCAGGAAUGCAAUACGCAGCGCAGUGUUUCUGUGAUGACUUCCUACGCAACGCUGCUACCAAGACCUCGGAGGCAGACUGCAACAUGGGAUGCGCCGGUGAUGCCUCGGAGAAAUGUGGCGCAGGUAAUAGGAUGAGCGUUUACUCUAAUGAUUCCCUUACAGUGUAUCCCGUUCCAUCUGUGCAGAAGACCAACCUCACGGGUAGUUGGUCGUAUGUUGGAUGCUUGUCGGAUGAUGGACAGGACCACGUACUGCCGUAUCAGAUCAUCUUGACUAAGAACAACACGGCGAACAAUUGCAUCUCGCAAUGUUCUGCAUUUGGAUACAAUGCUGGUGGUUUGGAGUUUGGCCUUGAAUGCUAUUGUGGCGACAUCAGCGAUGUAGAAGCUGCAGGAAAAAAGUUGGUAUCUGAGACUGAGUGCCAGGCCACUUGCACUGGGAACGCUACCACAAUAUGCGGAGGUCCAAGGCGCCUUUCAUAUUACAAUUGGAAGGGCCCACCGCUCACCACCUGGAACUACCCAACAGGCAAUGCAGCUGGACAGUAUCAGUUCCUCAUCGGCGGUGUAGUAGUACCUCUCAUCACACAAGCCGCGCCCAAUGGCAAAGUCACCUUUCUCGAGAAAUCGGGAACCGGCGCUCCCAACACCACUGGAGCAUACGAGCUCGAUCUUUCUCAAUUGAACAACUUCACUGCUGCUUGGAGGCCUAUGCAUGUCAAGACAGAUAUUUUCUGCUCAGCCUCGCUCACACUUCCCGACAAGGUCGGUCGACAACUUAACGUCGGCGGCUGGGCUCUGGAUGCUACCUUCGGCGUGCGUCUCUACUGGCCUGAUGGGUCACCAGGCGUAUGGGGCAAGAAUGACUGGCAAGAGAAUGUCCAAGAACUCCACCUUCAAGACGGUCGGUGGUAUCCUACCUCCAUGGUCAUGGCCAACGGUUCUAUUCUCAUCGUUGGAGGUGAAGAAGGCUCCAACGGUGCACCAGUCCCGACACUCGAAAUCCUCCCUCCUGUUGGCCCGACUGUAUACUGCGACUGGCUGAAUCGUACUGACCCGAACAACCUGUAUCCUUUCCUUGCAGUUCUCCCGUCUGGCGGUGUCUUCGCUUCUUACUACAAUGAGGCAAUUAUCUUGGAUGAGAGAUCCUUGACGGUCUCUAAGCAGCUUCCCAAUGUUCCUGGCGCAGUUAACAACUUCCUCGCUGGCCGUACCUAUCCCUUCGAGGGAACUGCCGUUCUUUUGCCGCAACAUGCUCCGUACAAUGAUCCCCUGGAGAUCAUGAUCUGUGGUGGUUCCACACCAUUCCAAGGCUACGCCCUAGAUAACUGCGUCACUAUCGCCCCUGAAGUCCCUAAUGCAGAAUGGACUAUCGAACGCAUGCCUUCAAGACGCGUCCUCAGCUGCAUGACCGCCCUCCCAGAUGGAACCUACAUGAUCCUCAACGGCGCGCACCAAGGCUUCGCCGGGUUCGGACUCGCCACGCAGCCAAACCACAACGCCGUCCUCUACGACCCCACAAAACCCGUCAACAACCGCUUCAGCGUCAUGGCCAACACGAUCGUCGACCGCCUCUACCACUCCGAAGCCAUCCUCCUCGACGACGGCCGCGUCCUCGUGUCCGGCUCCAACCCCCAGGACGAGCGCUUCGCAGAGGAAUACCGCGUCGAGGUGUUCGUGCCCCCGUACCUCAUGGGCAACCCCACGCGACCUGCCGUCAACAUCACGAAUCGAGAUUGGUCGUACGGGCAGCAAGUUACAUUGGUGUCCACGCAGCCCAUCGCGAGGGUAUCGCUCAUGGGCGCCGGAUCAUCAACCCACGGAAAUUCAAUGGGCCAGAGGACGAUUUUCCCGGCCGUCAGUUCCGCCGGUGGGAACACUUACACGAUCACGGCGCCGCCGAACGCGCAUGUGUGUCCGCCCGGUUGGUUCCAGGUGUUUGCGCUCAAUGCGAAUGGCGUGCCUAGUGUGGCGAUCUGGGUGCGCAUUGGAGGCGAUCCCGCGGGCCUGGGGAAUUGGCCUGCUCAUCCUGACUUUGAUGUCCCGGGAGUGUAGAUACGGGGACAGGGUGUUAUUUCGUUCGUUCGAUUUGAUGUUUGCUUUGUCUGUUGAUACCAGUUCAGCCCAAAGACGGGCGGGGCUUUCUUUCGUUG